AUGCAGUAUGAUGUGGUAACUACUGUGCCGAUUACCGCCAAGAUGGCUUCCACUACCCAUGAGCGAUGUCCCACUUCCUUCAGCGAGGGCUUGGAACUGCGGGAGUACUAUGCUGCAGCCUGCGGACAUUGCCAAGACUUGGCGCCUGCAUGGCGCAAAGCCGCCUCCGACUACUCAGGGCCGGUUGCCUUCCGCCAGAUCGAGUGUAACGACAAGGAUUGGAAACCGGUCGAGGACAACAAGGAUUUGUGCAAGGACAUCGAGGCUUUCCCGAGUAUAAAGCUUUUCAAGGACGGCGAAGAGGUGACAAGUUAUGAAGGUAGCCGCACGGCAGAGGAUUUGGUGCACUUCGCAAAGCAGAAUGAGAAGUUGGCUGAGCAGAGCAUGCCCGCAGUGGUCUUUUUGGCGCAGCGCGGUGCUCCCAAGAUGCGGCGCAGAGACUUUCUGUGA